AUGGGCUGCGGAUCGUCAAAGCCUGCAAAUCCAGCUGCCGCUUUGGCUAAGAAUCUGGGAGAACAGGGGCCAGAGCUAGACUGGUACCACCGUCCGAUAUGGAGCCAGCACAUUGACUACAUCUACGAGACCGCCAAGCAGAAUGGAGGCACGAGUAAGCUUCGCCGGAAUUUCGGCGAGUUCCUGAACAGCACCGCCCAGGAGUGGCUGGGAGUCGAGUACCCCGAAUGUGCAAAGGCUGGCACAACCGAGCCUUUCGAAGACGAGGCGAUGCCCUUUGGAAACGACUCCGGCCCUUGUAUCCCGACAAAGAUGUUUGUGACGCUAGAUGAGGGCUUCAGUGGCAUCGCGUAUGCCGCUACUCUGGUGGUUCACAGCCCGAUGGCAUGGAAGAGUGUCUCCGACGGCGCAAAUAGCGCACUGCCCGGGAGCAUCAUGAAUGCCCCGCCGACAAAACUUGCUCAGCGAUACCUGAGCUACCUUGUGCAUGGAAUUGAGCAAAAGGGAGGAAAUGUGAAGCAUUGUGUUCUCAACCUCAUCAUUGGCUCGGUCAUGAUGACUGCUCGAUACGAGCCUCACAAUCUCAUUCCCAGUGCAUCUCUGAUCAGCGAAAACGCGAAUGCGGAGAUUCCAGCGCCAAAGGUAGUUAUGGACGAGGAUGGUCCUGCGGAGUCGAGCGAUCCGCAGCUUGUCUUUCGAUCGCGCCUUUUCAUGUCGGUGCUAAAAAAUCUCGAAAACAAGUAUCCAGGGUGCACAAUCUGGGACGCCGGGAAAAUGAGCUUCAACGUCGACGACAAGCCAUACCCGUACCCUGCACGAUUUCUCGUCUGCCGUGACUUCGAGAAGAGAAACAAAGACGUGGAAACUGUUGACUACAAGGUCAAAGGCCCGUAUUCAGAGGGAAACGAAACUGUUGCAACAAUUCUUCGCGCGCGUAAUCCUUCUGAGGACCCUGGCGGUAUCGUAUGCCUCGCGAUUGUGGUCAAUGUCGACCCUGAAGAUCCUUGGCCCAAACGAGACAUGGACAAGCAUCUUCCCAUAUUGGUAGCAGCCUUCGCAGAAGCAUCGCUGCAUGGCCUGCUCAUGGCAUUUUUGAAGGGCUUUGACAGAUGUGCCCUUCGGAUCUGGGCCGGCCAGGACACGAGGCACUGCACAUUCAUCGCACCGCACGCAAAAGGGCAAACAGCAGAGGAUUUGCAGCAGUUCUCGGACCUGCUAUUUGGCGGCAGGGUUGAUUCGCUGAAGCCUGCGCUCAAUCCCGAAGAUGCCAGUGAUCUGGAGGAAACCUUUGGCAUCAAGCUUAAGAAGCAGCAGGAACAUCGACUCUGGCAGUCUGAGAGCCAUUUUCAGAAGAUACGCCACGAGAUGCGCGAAAGAGCCCAGGCCAACCCAGAGCGGUAUGAGAUGAUCAACGUGCUGGCAGGCCAUCAAAGCGCCGCCAAAUUCAUGGAAAACAACUUUGGCGACCGCACGAUAACAGAAGAAGGGGAGCUGCCGCAGCCAGAUCUGAAAGGUGCCGCGAAGCUCGAAAACAGUAAAGUUCUGGUUGCCAGAGACCCCAAACAGGAGCCGAGCAGCAUCACCGCCGUACUCAUCAGCAUCCCCUGCCCUAUUCCGGGGUAUAGUCCCCUGAUUGAUAAGGAAAAGACGUGGCUUCAGACACCAGAGAGCAAGAGAGCCGAGGAGGCGGUGAUGGCUCUCUUGAAGCAGUGGUACGGCCAAGGCAAAAUAUCCAAGGUGGAUUGCUUUACUCAGAUAAUGAUUGGCAUGGAUGCCAUCAUCUACCAGUUUGUCGAUGGGGAAAAGUUUGUUGACUACCCAGAGGAGCGCAUGGAGCAAAUCAGGUGGCAGUAA